UCGUGAGUCGGGUCUCUGUUUCUACUCGGAUGUUAUUUACGUACGGACGAAUUCCGGACACGCGUUAAGCUUGUAAACAAGCUAGUCUCUAAAAUGUGCACUGCAGUUGUAGUCUGAAUAGAAACACGUUAAAGUUUGAAUUAAAAUGUCUAAAGGUGAGAUUCUGAAAGCGUUUGUUACCGAGAGACUCGCCGCCACCACCCAGGAAAUCUUAGGGGUUGUGGACAGAAUCGUAGCCGGCUACGAGGAGGAGGCUUCGGGCUUCAGACAGGAGAUCGAGCGGCAGAGGAGACAGCUGGAGGGUCUCCUGCAGCCUCAGCUCACACUCAGAAAAGCAGGCGUGGAGCACAGCAGGAGCCUCCGCCCUGCUGAGGAGGAGGAGGCUGAAGAUGAGCAUCCAGAGAACCUGGAAGACUCGACUAAUCACACUCCAUCGAGAGGUCGGUGUAAGAAGAGGAAGCCUGGCAGACCUCAGACCAGUGAAACACGGAGCCAUGUAGACCUCAGGAUCAGGAUCCUGGAGGACUCUGAGACCGAUGUGCUCUCACACAGAGUUCUUAAGAAAUGUCCAGUGCGACAGCUGAAGUGUCCUCGAGGACUGCAGGAGACGGACUUUCUGGACUUGCUGAAGUCCACCUUCCCUCAGCUGUCCGGGGACAACAAAUAUUUUGACAUAUUGACGUCUGAUGAGAGGCGUAGGCUGCAGCCUCUGAACCUGACCACUCUGACAGCAGAGGACGUCCACAGAAACAGGAAGUCAACACUCUUCAUCAGGCUGAAGACACAGAAGGCCUGUGGUCAUGAGACAAAAGACACUGAAGACUCUCUGUCCACGUCCACCUCAGCCAUGCUGACGUGUGAUGAAACUCAAAAAAGCAGGCCUGUUCAGGAAGGCAGCAGUUUGACAUCUCAGCACCAACGGAUGGAAACAGAGGAAGCUGAUGAGGAUCAUGGGACAUCAGAACCAGCUGAGGGCGCUGUGGUCUCCUCUGCAGCUGAGAGUAAACGGGGUGGCGGCGAAGACGUUGAAAAGGACGAAGACAGUGACUGGGAACGUGACAAGGAGCUGAAAGACUCUGAGCUGCAGUCGAAGCUGACAAAGAAACAGAAAAGCAGACGGUGUGGUGUGGAGACGUCUCAGACAAAGACGGAGAACGGGGACGUUGUCCUCUCCUGCAGAGUCUGCGGAGCUCUGCACCAAUCAGAAGUCCCUUUCGUCCAACAUGCCUGGAGUCACGUGGACAGUUCAGGAAGUGUGUGUGGAGUGUGUGGAGAGCUCUCAGGGUCUGUGGAGGCGCUGAAGGAUCAUCUGCAGAGUCAGCACAGGACUGCUGACUGUCACAUCUGUGGAGAGACCUUCCUCUGUGUCCUCAGCCUGGACGAGCACGUGGCUGCCCACUCGGGGGAGAAACCGUACGAAUGUGAGGUCUGCCUCGAUGCGUUUGCGUUGAAGGCGUCUCUGGAGAACCACCAGAAACUCCAUCAAGCCGACGGAGUGUUUGAAGCAAAAGAACAGUUCAAAGCUCGUGUCAGGACUCGCACCAACAACAAGACACACCUCUGUGGCGUGUGCGGCAAAUCCCUCAGCGACUACAGGUCUUUGUCCCGCCACAAGAUGACCCACUCCGGGGAAAGACCUCACAGCUGUCAAGUGUGCGGGAGGCGUUUCAAACUCCCCGGGACUCUGAGGCAGCAUGAAAAGAUUCACACUUACAGAGAGAGAUCGUACCUCUGCGACGUUUGCUGCAAAAUGUUCCUGACGAGCAAGCAGCUGCAGAUCCACAUGAGGACGCACACCAACGAGAAGCCUUUCCACUGCGGGGAAUGCGGAAAGGGGUUCACCACCAAAGGCCCGUUGACCAUUCACAUGAGGGUCCACACCGGAGAGACGCCGUACCGCUGCCCGGACUGCGGCUGGUCCUUCAAACGCAAAAUUAAUUUGGACAACCACGUGACAGUCCACUCGGGACACAAGCCGUUUGUAUGCGGGAUUUGUGGCAAAGCAUGCGCUCGCAAAACGUACCUGACGGUCCACAUGAGGACCCACAACGGGGAGAGACCCUACAAGUGUACGAUAUGCCUUGAAGACUUUGAAUAGUCCUCCAUAUCGCUCGACCUGUCAUUUCAGAUCACAUUUAACAUUCAACUACAAAGUUUAAUGCAAUUAUUUGGAUUAUUUUAAGUUAGGUUUUGUGAAUUUGUGGUACCAUACGUCACAUGUAAUACGACCCCGCGCUUAACUGAGUGUCCUGCACUCACAGCUUCGCCCGACGCUGCGCCGAUCAGUCUCAUAAAAGACGUAAAAGGUGAGCAGCGUCUCAACAUGGCAAAAUGGUUCUUCUUUAAAAGCUGUGCGAGUCACUCCAGCAGAGAAAACCUCAAUGUUAAACCUAUUGUGAGCUGAUGAUGUGCAUUAUGUGUAGUAAAAGUUUAAAAAGUAGAUUUUAUUGAAAAUUUGAUAUGCUUUAGCUGUAUCAUCAGCAUGACAAUAAUAUAAACGUACUGUCAUACAAAA